AUACACAACUCGAAUGAAGCAAAGAAGCAAGUGUGAAACUUGACUAAUUUAAGCAUGGAACCUUUAUUUAACCCUCAUCAAUAAUCAUAGCAUCUUUUCAAUUUUCAAGAAAAGCAAUAAAAUAAUAAAAACUAGUCCUUUUUCCUUUGUAUUUUUUAUAAUUUCUUUGGGUUCACUUUUACUAAAAGACAAAGAAAAAACCUUCUUUUAACAAGUUCCUUUAAUGGGGUGAAAAGUUUAAGAAUCAAAAUCAAAACUUUGAACAAUGUCGGUUAAGGUUUCUCUUCUUCUACUUGCAACAAUUUUCUUUGCUCUUUUUAACUCGGCAGUUUCUCUUAACCGUAGCAGUUUUCCACAUGAUUUCCUGUUUGGAACAGCUUCUUCAGCUUACCAGUAUGAAGGUGCAGCACAUGAAGGUGGCAAAGGGCCAAGUAUAUGGGAUACCUUCACUCAUAACCACCCAGAUAGAAUAGUUGGCCGCAGUAAUGGGGAUGUUGCCAUUGAUUCAUACCACCGCUACAAGGAAGAUGUGGCCAUGAUGAAGGAUAUUGGAUUUAAUGCUUAUAGGUUUUCGAUCUCUUGGUCCAGAUUACUACCUCGUGGAAACCUAAAGGGUGGAAUUAAUCAAGAAGGCGUUAUAUAUUACAACAAUCUCAUAAAUGAAUUGAUUUCAAAUGGACAAACACCAUUUAUAACUCUAUUUCACUCUGAUCUCCCUCAAGCUCUUGAAGAUGAAUAUGGUGGUUUUUUGAGUCCUAAAAUUGAGCAAGAUUUUGCUGAUUAUGCAGAAGUAUGCUUCAGAGAAUUUGGUGACAGAGUUAAGCAUUGGAUUACAUUGAAUGAGCCAUUGCUUUAUAGCACUCAAGGUUAUGGAAGUGGAUCAUCUCCACCCAUGAGAUGCUCUAAGUCGGUAGCUAACUGCAAUGCUGGUGAUUCUAGUACUGAGCCCUAUGUAGUUACACACCACCUGAUUCUUUCUCACGCUGCAGCAGUAAAAGUCUACAGGCAGAAGUUUCAGAAUACUCAAAAGGGUCAAAUUGGGGUAACACUAAAUUCUGCAUGGCUUGUGCCACUAUCCCAAUCAAAAGAGGACAGAGAAGCAACGUCUCGGGGUCUUGCUUUUAUGUAUGACUGGUUCAUGGAACCCCUGCACUCGGGUACAUAUCCCGCAGUAAUAGUUGACAAAGUCAAGGAACGUUUGCCAAGGUUUUCAAGAAGUCAGUCCGUGAUGGUCAAAGGGUCCUACGAUUUUGUUGGUUUAAACUAUUACACUUCAACUUAUGCAGCCAAUAUUCCUUGCUCGCGUGGAAAGCCAAAUGUUUUUACAGACAAUUGUGUUAGAUUUACUACUCUAAGAAAUGGAGUUCUCAUUGGUCCAAAGGCUGCUUCGGACUGGCUCUAUAUCUAUCCACCAGGAAUUCAAGGCCUACUAGAAUACACCAAGGAAAAAUUUAGCAAUCCAAUCAUUUACAUAACAGAAAAUGGAGUCGAUGAGGUUGAUGAUGGCAAAAGGUCACUUGAUGACAAACCAAGGAUAGACUAUAUUAGUCACCACCUAUUGUAUCUUCAAAGGGCCAUAAUGAAUGGAGUGAGGGUGAAGGGAUACUUUGCGUGGUCACUGUUGGACAAUUUUGAAUGGAAUGCUGGCUACACACUCCGCUUUGGACUUGUGUAUGUCGAUUACAAGAAUGGACUCCGAAGAUACCGUAAAAGGUCUGCAUUGUGGUUCAAAUUAUUUCUCCGCAAAUGAAAUGGUCCUUAGUACUGGUUAGGAUUUGUUAAAAAGAGAUUGGAUUUGGAACAAAGUGUAUCCUUCUAAAUCCAAGUCAUAGCUUUAGGCCAUUGUAAGAUCUAAGCAGGACAAAUUCGACGAUUUCUGAUAACUGGCCAAGGAUGAGACUUUAUUAUCUGUUGGUUUGCCAACUUAUUUGGUAUCUUGUUUGUAUUCCAUAUUUCGAGAAAGAUAUUAUUAAGAGUCGUGCUAUUUAUUAGCAACAAAAAAUGUACGAAAAUGCAAAAUUAGUACUAACAAGAUUCGACACAAUUGGUUGGUCCGAGGUAUGUUUUCCUCGGUUCAAUUCCAGUCGUUUGUAUAGAAA